CACACAAAAAAAUAUUACGGUAAUGACAAAAAUAUUUUACUCUUGAAUUAAAAAGUGGGUAAAAUUUGCUAAAUUAAAAGUUUUUUUCUUGUUUUAAAAACGAAAACUUUUACUGCUGAAGUUUUUGAAAAUCUCACUACCAACUGAUUUAAAAGUGUUAACUUUUAACACGACUGGAUAAUUUCUUUCAUUUUGUGGUUCUCGUAUAACCGUGUUCCUAAGUCCCAAAUGUAAACAAACUUUUUGGUAGUUCCGGUGGUGAUUCCACGACGCGAAAUCGAACGCGGCCGCAGCCAGAACACGGACGAGGAUACCUUCGUGAGCCAAAGCGGCAGCAGCGGAACGCCUUCGAAGGUGGCUGGUGCGGGUGCAGGACGAGGUCGGAGAGUUUAGGGACGCCGUUGAUGCGGUUGCCGAAGAUCACAGGUCGAGAUGUGGAUUUGCACCGAUUGUUUUCGAUGGUGGUGACCCGGGGUGGUUGGUUGAAGGUCAAUUCCCGCAAGGACUGGGACGAGAUUAUCGAGGAGAUGGCGCUGCAGAAGAGGAAGAGAUUGACAACGAGAAGCGGCAUAAUUGAAGGUAGUCAGCAGCGCUAUGUUCCGGAAGUGAUGAGGGGACAGUGUGGGAUGUCCUGCGAGUUGUAUAAGUAUCCCGAGUACGAUGAGCUGAUUUUGUCGUUGUUGACGAACGAGCAAGACAUCUCGAUCAACGUUUGCAUGCUGAUGGCCAACGAGAGCAAACAAACGCUAAAGGUGGAUUGAUGUCCGAAGCUGAUUACGGUUCUGUUGGCGCACGGCACCGGAGUUUUCAACCAUUUCUCGCUGCGUAACAUGUUUGACGAGUAUUACGCAAACAUCCGGAAGAACAGUUGGUACCGGUUCUGGAAGGACUGCCUGUACGAAAGGCCGCAGGUCCUGGAGCUGUCGUACUUGGAUUACUUCCAGAACUUGGAAUAAGAUCCGAAGAAGUCACCGGUGAGUAUUGAGAAAGCGUUCAGUGUCUAGCCAACUUCACUUACUUUCAAACUUUUUCAGCAACUCCUCGUCCACGAACGCUCGACCCGCGACGGCGCAGCCGAAUUAACUUGGACGACGAACUGGCAAAAUCUGUAUCAUUCUCGAAGGAGGACGAAGUGUUGGAAAACGAUUCCGGUUCCAAGGGCCUCAUCAGCCUCAAGUACCGAAUGCGCUUCCAUAACCGGAAACUACCCGUUC